CGCGGACUGCCAAGACGUUGACGGUCGGAGCGUCUAUUCCUCACAGCUUCAGCUACAAGAAACCGAGAAGUCACGGUAUCCCCCGAGACAUGGCGUCAAAUAAUGGCUCCGCCGGAAAAUGGGAGGUAGUGAAGAAAGGGAAGAAGAGCAACUCGGCAGGAGCGAAGACCGAGAAGAAGCCCGGCGGCGGCGGCGGUGGAAGGAAAGCUUUGGGAGAAUCUAACCAACCGUCCAGACUGCCCCUGAAGAUGUCAGAGAAUCUGUAUGAGGGUUUUGAGAAGGCUGGAAACAAGCAGAACAAGGAGCAGGUUCCACCUCCAGCUGAGCUGCAGAACAAGAAGCCCUCAUCAAGUAAACCACCCAAGAAAUCAAACUCGAGCAAUACAGUCACCCCUGCAACUUUCAAGACUUUGGAGGAAGCUUUUAAAGCCCUGGACGUCGGGGAUCUGAAGCAGCAGCUGAUUCGCAGUCAGGCCCUGUUUCCAGAAAACCCUUCAGUCUGGAUGAAAGACCUCGCAGGAUACCUCAACCUUAAACUAACAGCCCCAGAUAACGAGCCCACACUGAGCAGCUACGCUCACGACUACCCAUACUGCCUUAUAGGAAAAGAGCUGAGGGGCGUGAUUAAAGGCCUCAUCGGACGUUGCAGCAAUAUUCUGCCCGAUUUCUUCGACUACUGUGUUUGCACGAUGCUCAGGGAGCUGGACAGACAGUCAGGAGAGCCCCUUCAUGGAUACAGAGUUUGCAUUCAGGCAGUUCUUCAGGACAAGCCCAAAGUAGCCACCCAGAACCUGACAGAGUAUUUGGAGUUGUUGCGAUCCGUUCAGAACCGCCCAGUCAAAUGUUUGACCAUCAUGUGGGCUCUGGGUCAAGCUGGAUUCUACGACCUCAGCCAGGGACUUAAAGUGUGGCUGGGAAUCAUGCUUCCGGUGCUGGGAGUAAAGUCACUGUCCUCGUAUGCCAUCGCCUACUUAGAGAGACUUCUCCUGCUUCAUACAAACCUAACGAAGGGAUUUGGCAUCAUGGGUCCUAAAGAGUUCUUUCCUCUUCUUGAUUUUGCCUUCAUGCCUAAGAACGCCCUCUCACCAAGUUUGCAGGAGCAGCUGAGGUGUUUGUAUCCUCGACUUAAGGUCCUCGCAUUUGGAGCCAAACCAGAGAGCACGCUGCACACAUACCUGCCGUCGUUUCUGUCCAGAGCUACACCCCAUUGUCCCGACGACAUGAAGAGAGAGUUGCUCAGCAGCAUGACGGAGUGCUUGUGUGUGGAUGUCCAGAGUCUUGGAGUGUGGAGGCAGCUUUACACCAAACACCUGCCACAGUCCAGUCUGCUGCUGAACCAUUUACUGAACUCGUGGAACAUUCUGCCGCCGAAGUUACGAAAAAACCUUGAAGAAACAAUCCAGUCUUUUCGAGUGACCAACGACGAGAUGAAAGAUGCAAGCGAAUCUCGAGACCUUCAGGAGUGCAAUUCGCUGUGCCAGAACCUUCAGGUAAAGAUGCAAGGUCACGGCUUUCCCUGGUCCAAGCUGCUUAUGGUUCUGUUUGUGUUUGCUGCCGGUUUCAUCGCCCACGACAUCAGAUCUCACGGCUCACUCGCAGAUUCCAGCACGGCCAUGUAUCUGCGCUCCUCAGGCGUCACAGCCGUGUCUCAGCAGGCCUGGAGCAAAAUAACCGUCUACACAAAGCAGGGCUUCAGCUGGUUGGAGAAAAAUGCUCCUCAUUAUUACUCCGAGUGCGCGCGGGUGUUGGGACCAGUUGGGGAACAAGGUGUGGAAAAGACAAAAGCAGCAGCUGUUUUCAUCUCUGAAAACGCCGCACGGUUUGUCCUCUGGGUCAGAGAAACCACGCCGCUGGUUAAAGAAUGGGUGUACACAAAUACUCCGGAGAGUGUGUUCCGGGCGUUAACAUAUUUAAAAGAGCUCCUCGUCUUCAUCCAUCAGAACUACAUCCUGCCAGCGCUGAGCAGCUUAGCUGAGCUGCUUCAGCUAGCAUGGACCAACCUGCAGGACUCCUGCAACGGGGAGGUGUCGGUGUCGUGUCUCCAGGGCCACGCCUUGUCCUUUACGAACUCGACGUGGCGGCUGCUCCAACACACGACCUCGGCCAUCAAGACGUGGGCUCAGGAGCUGCUGACGCGAGCAGGAUAACGCAACACACCCCGACUCAGUCGCACAUGCAAUACAAAUGUUUAUACACACACGGUGUGUGUGUGUGUGCAGGCAGACGCUGCACGUGCACACUCUGGCCCAGCGAGAGGCAGCCUGUCGGUGCGUUGGCUCCUCCGCACCACGACUGGUCACCGGUCAGAAGAAAAGCUCAAAUAGACUCUUCUGUGUUUUUGUUUUUGCUAAAUUUUAUCAAUUCGUCAAUCCUGGAUCUGGAGCUUGUAGUUUUUUCUCUCUCCCACUAAGUUUUUCUACAGAUUGUGCUUUUUUUGAACAACACGGUUGAUGUAAUUUAUAGAAACUGCAAGUUUGUAGAUUUAUAAACUGUUUUUAUUUAAAAGAUAAAUACAAAUGUUCUAAUAAAACCUGGUAAAGGGCAGGGAGAAGAAGUUCAAACAAGCCGCCGAGGACCACUUUACGUCGAGCAGAUGAUGAAAACCUGUUAACGAGAAAAACACUUUUCUGAUUAAUUUACUCAUCCGGAGGAUUUCAAGUGGACGGCGUGAACCAGAGGAAGAGUCGCUCUCAUCACUUCAGAGGAAUUAAUAAUUUAUCUGUCGUUUCUGUCGUCUGUUGCUUUUUUUUAAAGUUUUAUGCUUCAGUUGCUCUUCGUUUGCGUUUCCUCUUUGGGAACAUCAACCAAACGUGAAAUCACCGGCGGCUCCUCGUACACGAGAUUGGAUGGAAAUGGCAGCAACUAAUGUCUUAAUUUGUAAUGUGAAUCAUUUAUAAUAAAGACGUCAACCCAGGA